AAACAGAAAGUAGAUAGUUAGUGGAUCGAGUGAGUCUCCCCAAAACCCUAACUCCUUUGUUUUAUUAUCCCCUUAAAACCCUAAAAACUCUUCAUCUUUAUAUCCACCCCACAUCUCUUUUCCUUGAAAACCCACUUAGCAUCACUGAAUUCAAGCUCAAUUCAAUCAAAAUGGUGGCUGACAAGGGCAAGAAAGUGAAGCUUGGUGAUGAUGAAAUUCCGGAGCAUCUUGAUGCUGAGCUUGUGCUUUCUAUCGAGAAGUUGCAGGAGAUCCAAGAUGAGCUCGAAAAGAUCAAUGAUGAACAGAGUGAUAAAGUCUUGGAAAUUGAACAGAAGUAUAAUGAAGUUCGUAAACCCGUCUAUGAUAAGCGUCAUGAUGUCAUUAAAGGCAUUCCUGAUUUCUGGCUCACAGCUUUUCAGAGUCAUCCUACUCUCUGCGAUCUUCUGAAUGAAGAAGACGAAAAGAUCUUCAAAUAUCUGAGCUCCAUUGAAGUAGAAGAUUCUAAAGAUGUGAAAUCGGGCUACUCUAUUUCAUUCAUCUUCAAUCCAAAUCCCUACUUUGAGAACUCAAAGCUUACGAAGACUUUGACCUUCCUCGAUGAGGGAUCAACAAAAAUUGCUGCUACACCAAUUGAGUGGAAAGAGGGAAUGGGCCUUUCAAAUGGAGUUGCUCAUGAUAAGAACGGGAACAAACGACCUCAUGAUGAUGAAAGCUUCUUUACCUGGUUUAGUGAAACCGAGCACAGAGAUAAUAUGAAUGAGGUUCCUGAUGAGAUUGCAGAUUUAAUUAGGGAAGAUUUGUGGCCCAAUCCUCUGAAUUACUUUAACCAAGAAGCUGAUCAAGUAGAGUUUGAAGGUGAUGAAGAGGAAAAUGGCAGUGAUGGCUCUGAAGAUGACGACGAAGAUGGCGACGAAGAGGAUGUUGACGAAGAUGAAGACAAUUAAAUCCUGUUCACCUUAAUUUAGCUGAAAAUUAUCUUAGGUUUGCUACUUGGGUAAUGGAAUGUGUAAAGUGGUACCUAAAGUUGCAGUUAUUUGGCUAAAGGGAUAGGAUUGGAAUCAAAUACCAUGUUUGCUCUUAGCAGAGUUCUUUUAACCGUUUGUCAAAUUAUUGUUCUUUAUCUAUAAAUACUGUUUUGCUGAUA